ACAAGAGAUCCUUUGGCGUCUCGUACUAUGAAAAAAUAGUGCGUGUAUACAUAUCCUUAUAUCUGAGAAAUUACACAAUGGUUAUUUUUUAUAUUGUAUGAAUCAUCUUUUCUCUACAUUUCAAUUAAUUAUUGGCGGAUAUAACAACAAAUUCCAGGAAAAUACCGAGUAGUCUUUCGGGGCGGAGGGAUAUAACCAUCCUCCACUCGUCAAAAUAUUGGCGUUACAGAAGAGGUACGGAAAGACCGCGCCAAAGCGCAGACAGCAAAUACAUUCCGUGAUAUCAACACAGUCCCUUGGAUUUCUUACCACCUUCUUCGUUUGCUACUAAUAGUGAACAGCUCUGCAAGUGUCCUUUCUUCAGUACUUCAAGAAGACUAAUCUUCCAAGUGCAGGAAUAAAGCUACAAGAUUCUCGUUGUACACGGCGUUUCUAAUCUUGAAAAGGACGAAGCGGCAUUUUAUUUGAGACAGCGACGGCGCGGGUGGAGUUGGCACACUGGAUUUAGUAGCCAACCGCUACCAUCGCUACGUUAGCCUUUUCGAUCAUAUUUACAUAGGAUUGGAUCGGAAUCUACCUUUUAAGAUAAACAAGAAUUUCGUCCGUCUUCCGUUCGAAUAUGUUGUUGUCAAAAUUUGGCUCAUUUCCGCACAUUUACAACCCUUCGAGCAUGGACCAUUUACCGGUGAAAAUACAACUCCAGCCAGUUAAAGUGGAAAAGGAGCCGUUCGAAAAGGUUUACACAGUGGGAUCCGUGCUGGGCAGCGGUGGAUUCGGCACAGUCUACGCCGGUAGUCGGCUCUCCGAUGACGCACUGGUUGCAGUGAAACAUGUGCCGAAGGAGCGUGUGACCGAAUGGGGCACUAUUAGUGGUGUGGUGGUGCCUUUGGAGAUUAUUUUAUUGAAGAAAGUCAGUUCGUCGUUUCGAGGGGUUAUACAACUCCUGGAUUGGUAUGAACGACCAGACGGCUGGUUGAUUGUUAUGGAACGACCGGAGCUGGUCAAGGAUCUUUUCGAUUUCAUAACGGAGAAGGGCGCUUUGGAUGAGGAGACUGCGAGGGGAUUUUUCCGUCAGGUUUUGGAGGCUGUCCGCCACUGUUACAGCAGCGGGGUAGUUCACAGAGAUAUCAAAGAUGAAAAUCUGCUUGUAGACCUACGCACUGGGGACCUCACGCUUAUUGAUUUUGGUUCAGGGGCGAUUCUCAAGGACACAGUCUACACUGACUUUGACGGUACAAGAGUAUAUAGCCCGCCAGAGUGGAUCCGCUUCCAUAGAUACCACGGGCGCUCGGCUACGGUGUGGUCGCUAGGGGUGCUACUGUAUGACAUGGUCUGUGGAGACAUCCCCUUUGAGCAAGACGAGGAAAUCCUCCGGGGGAGACUGUACUUCAGGAGGAGAGUGUCUAAUGAGUGCCAGCAGCUGAUCAAGUGGUGCCUGUCGUUACGGCCCUCAGACAGGCCUACUCUGGAACAGAUCCUGGACCACCCGUGGAUGCGCUUGGCUGGGGAGGUGUCGAUGUCCUCCAAGCCUGAGGAUGGGGACAUCCAGCUGAGGACCAUCGACACAGACACGUCAUCGAGCACAAGCUCCAGCAAGGAGAGCCUUUGAAAGAGAAGAGGGGAUGAGGGGAGAGAAUGGACACGAGGGGGGACUCUGGUCCUUAUGCCCCAGCUUGGGCUGGCAGAAUUAUUGUUUCCUUUUGUAGGGAAUUAUUAUAAUUUAUUACGGUUUGUUCUUCCUUUUUAUCUUUAAUUUUAAUUUUUUAUAACUCAUUAAUUGUUUCCUAAUGUGGAACAUUUGCUGUUUGGGCGGUCUUUACCAGUGACUAUUUAUUUUGUACUUUAUUAUUUUCUAAUUUGUUAUAACGAGGCUGGUUUAUGAAUCUGGUUUAAAGCCCCCUAUUCAGACAGACGUGGCUGCUCUCAUAGAGCUUGGAGAAUACUUUAUAUUUAAAUGUUUUGAUUUGGAGUGCCUUUUUGAAAGCUGCUUCUCGGGGGCUUUUGUCAUAACUAUUUUUUUGUUAGAACCCUUUUGGGCUGGUUUGUUUGUACGUUUCCCACCCUUUCAUGAUGGAGAUUAGUUGUCUUCCUCCAUAACAGUGUGGUAAACUACACCACCCAGCAUGGUUAGGGAUAAUAAAAUAGGGGAGGGGGGGGGCAGUUGACUGUUGACCAUGGAAUACUUGAAUCGCAACUGACUCACACUGCGCCCCCUUACUAAGCUGCUCACUCAUACUACAGCCUCGAGUCGUUUGGAUUUCUCAAAAUCGGAUCCUUUCAUUUCUGAAUGUGUUUUUAAACUACAUUAUAUCUAUGUGUUUAGCCCUUGGAAAUAUAUUUUAAUUACAUGUUUUGCCUUUCCCCCAUCUCACUGCUGGCACUACAUUGCUCCUGGACUGGCGUAUCCAUGGCUUAAGUGUGAAAUGCACAAUCAAUGCAAUAUUCAUGGGCUCAGUUACGUCUUUGUCAAUACAAAUAUUGUGCCUUUUUUUUUCUUCCAAUGCUUUUAAUUUAUUCAGAACGUGUAGACAUUCCACACUUGUGGCUUAUUUAUUUAUUGUCGAUGUUUAAGAGAAAGUGAAAAAUCCCAGAAUUUGCAUAUCUUUACAUGGCCUUUUUCUUUUCCAUUCCUGUAAUGAUAUUUUUUUACACUUCGACAUGAUUUUUUUGGAUGCACUGAAGUUGUUGAUGUUAAAGGGAAUAAAACAAGGUUUACUUAAAUUUGGAAGAGCUAUGAAUGUUAUUGAACUCCUUUUUAUAGUCCUAUCUGUGGUAAUGUUGGAUUGAAUUACUCUAAAAGUACAUCUGUUUUUUAGGUGUACAUUACACGUGUGCUGUCUCCAUGCAUUGAACUCCAUUGACACGUAUGGCUAUUGGGUUGAAUAGGGCUGUUCUAGUUAGUGACUAUGAUGAAUCUAUGUGGCUUGCCUGGUGUUAGAUAUUCUCUUUCAGUUCAGCUGUAUGACAUGAACGAUAGAGAUCUGGAGAUGCUAUUUUUUUAUACAAACAUUUCAAUUAAAUCCCUUUUUUGUACAUAAAU